CUCAGCAUAAUCAUCUUUGAUUCUGAGCUUCCGAGAGAGUGUGUGGGAUUUGAGUGAAGAAGGAAGGCUGGCUUCUGGCAUCGCAUGGUAGCCAAAUAAUCUAUGGAAGUAAUUCUACCUUCCUUUACUUCUUUAUUCACGCCAACUCCAUCAUCAUUCUCUGUUAAACCAUCCAAAAACCCAUCUCGAAUUUCUCCUCCUUUCGUCCCUUUUCCCCUUAAAAUCCCUCCUCCACAAAACCUCUCCGCCUUUAUCACUCUUUCUUCUUCUUCUUUUACUAAUUCUUCUCGUUCCUUUUCCUCUAAAACAACAAGAGUCCCAGUAUCUGCAGCAGUUAGUACUACUACUACUACUUCCUUGCCUUCAAUAUCAGCUGGUUGUGAUAAUACCAGUCCUCAACGCCACUGGAUGGUUCUAAUGCAGGAACCUAGUCCAGAGCUUAAUUCCAAAGAAGAAAUCAUCGAUUACUAUGUGAAGAACCUUGAAAGAGUUGUUGGCAGUGAAAAAGAUGCCCAGAUUUGUAUAUAUGAUGCUUGUUGCACCAAAAACAAUUAUGGGUUCUGUUGUGACAUUGAUCAAGAUGCAGCUGAUGAGCUAGCUCGUUUACCAGGUGUUCUAUCAGUAAGGCCGGACCUCGAUUUUGGCUCUGUACAAAAGGAUUACAGACUCUCGGAGUCUGGAGUUGAGUUGAAUCCUCCAUCAGGUUUAUACAGCAGGAGUCCCUUGUUAUUUACUCCCGGGACUUCUAAACACUGGAUUGUUCGUGUUGAGAAGCCACUUGGUGUGCUAAUCACCAAGAAACAGGUUGUUGAUUAUUAUGUUCGAGUUCUAACCAAGGUUAUGGGGAAUGAAAAUGACGCUCAAAUGUGCAUAUAUCACGUAUCUUUGCAAUCAAAUUAUGGGUUCUGUUGUGAACUGGACGAUGCAUGUGUACAGGAGCUAGCUGGUGUUCCCAGUGUUCUAUCAGUUCGUCUGGAUGAAAAUUUUGAGUCCAAUGAUAAAGAUUAUGGAGGUGAAAAGUUAGAAAAUAGUGGCCCUCAAGAUUCUUCAUCACCGAGUCAAGUGACAAACAUUAAGACUAAGAAGCUUUUUGUCACAGGUCUAUCAUUUUACACUUCAGAGAAGACUCUGCGGGCAGCAUUUGAAGGUUUUGGCGAACUUGUUGAAGUUAAAAUCAUAAUGGACAAGAUCUCUAAAAGGUCCAAGGGUUAUGCUUUUAUAGAGUACACCGCUGAGGAAGCUGCAGCCACUGCCCUUAAAGAGAUGAAUGGCAAGAUAAUCAAUGGGUGGAUGAUAACUGUUGAUGUCGCCAAGAAAAAUCCACCAAAAUAUUCCAGAGGACGCCCUUGACCAGCUACCUGAAUUUUUUCCAGUGUGCCUUCAGCCUUCCUUUUAACUUACGUGGAGUUAAGCUAACCUUAACCUCGAGCAAGCCCGAGUUUGCCUUGAUUUCUCAAGUUUUUUUUUGGUGUAAACCUCUCGGUAUCCAAUGACCGCAUUGGGCCCCUGACUAGUCGGAAUCAAAGCACUGUUGGACCCGUUUUAGGGGCUGCUCUCUCAACGUUGUUUCCUCCAUCUGAGAAUUGUUGAUUUCUCAAGUUUUGGCUUCCAACGACGAGAAUUAGGAUAAUAGGAUCAUAUUGCAGCAAACUGGAGGAAAUCCAUCCUGGUUAAUUUGAAAUCAAAUUCACAAGGAUUACUCCCUAUGGCACUUCCUAUUGCUCCUUUUGAAUGCUGGGUUUUUUAGGGUGCAGAACAGUUAAUCUAGUGCAAUUUACACGUUCUUCAAGGUUUCGACGCUAAA